AUGAAAGUGGUCCUGGUAAAAGAUGAUUUAGCUGUCAAAGAUUCCGUCUCUCUUGGCAUUUCCGUUGGAAUGCUAGAGGAUCCUCCUGAUAUGAAAGGAAUGGCUCAUUUUCUCGAGCACAUGGUGAGUCGUUCCUCCAAAAAUUAUCCAGAAAUACUUGGUUACAAGAAUUUCGUUUAUUCAAAUGGCGGAAGAAACAAUGCGUUGACUAGUUUGAAGCGGACUCUGUUUUUCUUUGAUGUUCUUCCUGGAGAAGCAGUGCUUGAAGGAGCAGAUAGACUAGCAGAUUUUAUAAAAUCGCCAAAACUUGAUGAAAGUCUGAUUACUCAAGAAAUAGACGCGGUGAAUUCCGAAUGGCUUGGUAGACGACAAGCUGAUCGCUUCAAAGAAUACGCAGUUUUCUUCAAGCUUUCAAAUCCGAAACAUCAACUCAGCUCCGUUUUCAUUGGAAAUGAAGAAUCUUUACGCCAAAAUCAGACAGACGCUGAAAUCGCCCAAAAGCUGCGAAAAUUCCACGAAAGCUAUUACUCCUCCAACGGCAUGGCUCUUGUCAUUUCGAGCAAAAAUAUCUCUCUCGACACGAUGGAAAACGCAGUUCUUCAUUCUUUUGCCGAUUUACCGGACUUGAACUUGCCGGAUCCAAUUUUCUAUCUGGCUUUCAGAAAACGAGAUCUUGGAAAAAUUGCGAGAAUUGAAAGAAUAUCCAGUGAACAUAAAAUGAGCCUCAUUUUUCAAGUGCAACCGCGAGAAACAGAUAAAAAGAUCAGUCCUCGAACUUAUAUAACGAGCCUUAUCAAUGAGAAAGGGCCAAAAUCCUUGUUUCAAAAAUUAGAAACAGAAGGUUUCAUUGAUGGACUGAAAGCAAACACUAAAGAUUAUGCUCCUGGAAUAGCUUUUCUCCUUAUUGAUUUGAGAUUUACUGACAAAGGCUUGGAUUUCUGGGAAGAUGUUCUUGCAUUGACAUUUGAAUACAUCGAAAUGCUGAAAAGAAACCCACCUUCAUCGCGAUAUUGGAAUGAAAUCGUCCUCCGCGAAAAAUUAAAAUACCACAGCAAAGAACACGUGAGCGAUGUUAGUUUUGCGAGAGGAAUUGUUGAAGAUCUUUUUGAUGGAAAAAAUCCAAGUUUUCUUCUUUCGGGACCUUCGGAAAAUGACAAAUUCGACAGGAAACUGCUCAAGAAGCUUAUUCAAGAACUUCACCCAAGAAAUCUUCUGAUUUCGAUCAUUUCAAAACUUUCAAAGGCCAAACAGAUCGUUUCGACGAAAAAAGCCAAACUAACUACAGUGGGUUGCGCAGCGGUGAAUUCCGAAUGGCUUGGUAGACGACAAGCUGAUCGCUUCAAAGAAUACGCAGUUUUCUUCAAGCUUUCAAAUCCGAAACAUCAACUCAGCUCCGUUUUCAUUGGAAAUGAAGAAUCUUUACGCCAAAAUCAGACAGACGCUGAAAUCGCCCAAAAGCUGCGAAAAUUCCACGAAAGCUAUUACUCCUCCAACGGCAUGGCUCUUGUCAUUUCGAGCAAAAAUAUCUCUCUCGACACGAUGGAAAACGCAGUUCUUCAUUCUUUUGCCGAUUUACCGGACUUGAACUUGCCGGAUCCAAUUUUCUAUCUGGCUUUCAGAAAACGAGAUCUUGGAAAAAUUGCGAGAAUUGAAAGAAUAUCCAGUGAACAUAAAAUGAGCCUCAUUUUUCAAGUGCAACCGCGAGAAACAGAUAAAAAGAUCAGUCCUCGAACUUAUAUAACGAGCCUUAUCAAUGAGAAAGGGCCAAAAUCCUUGUUUCAAAAAUUAGAAACAGAAGGUUUCAUUGAUGGACUGAAAGCAAACACUAAAGAUUAUGCUCCUGGAAUAGCUUUUCUCCUUAUUGAUUUGAGAUUUACUGACAAAGGCUUGGAUUUCUGGGAAGAUGUUCUUGCAUUGACAUUUGAAUACAUCGAAAUGCUGAAAAGAAACCCACCUUCAUCGCGAUAUUGGAAUGAAAUCGUCCUCCGCGAAAAAUUAAAAUACCACAGCAAAGAACACGUGAGCGAUGUUAGUUUUGCGAGAGGAAUUGUUGAAGAUCUUUUGAUGGAAAAAUCCAAGUUUUCUUCUUUCGGGACCUUCGGAAAAUGA